CUUCCACUCACUACAGAGGCCUCGGACUUAUCCGCAUUUCUUCCAGUUGCUCAGUCUGCACUAGCAAGUAAUGCUGUGAGUGGUUCUGCUGCGACAGUUUCGUCGUCAACUUCUACUGGUCUUGUGCAGGAUAGUGGCGCAGACGCAGGGCAGCCUCGAAAAUGUGCCACAACUGAGUUCUUCCUUCCCCUCGUCUGGACUAUGCCUAGCCACACCGCAUUCGAAUUGUUGUCAAAAAUGAUGGAGUGCUUCGGGGAGGUGGUCGGCUGCAUCUCCUUGCACGGACCUCCAGUAAUUUUAUGGCAAAGCAAGCAUUUGGUGUCUCUUCUCUUCGUUUCUGGGUCACGUAUGUUCCUUCCUCUAGGUCUAGGAGCAUCAGAACAAGUGGCGCACAGCGUGGGAAAUGGAAACACCAAAGCCCAUCCUCUAAUCGUCGCGUACGUAAUAGGCGACGCCGCUGGCGUAAUGAAGAAAUUAAAUGUUAAGGUGCCAUUAAGUGUCAUGCGCUGACUCGUCUUAAUUUGCGUUGUAUUCCCAAUACGAGGAAGCCAAGUACAAAGUCAGCGCCGUUUUAUAUGCAAAUGUGGGACUUCUAACAAUGACUUGUGGUGUGGCUUGUAUAUAGUGAAACAAAACGUGCUCGAUCUUGAGCUUCACUGCCUCCAGCACCAACUAGCGCUGUCGAGUUGUGGGGCAGCCGAAUGCUAUUUGGCGGCGCGUGACUUGUUCAAAGAGGGGGCAGCCAAGAACACGCGCCACAAGCAAUGCGGAG